GAUAUGAAUAGAAUCGAUGACAAUCCGGGGAUAUGAAGUAUGCACGCACACAUAUACAUAGUACGAUGGCAUUCACUUUACUAAAAAGUAUUGAACAUAUUUAAAUUCUGUAAAAAUAAUGCUAAGGUGGUUAAAAGAUAUAUACAGUAUUCAAUAUACAAUUUUUACAAGGUGACCAAAAAUAGUGCUUAGUUGGAAAGUGUCACAUCACAAUUAAUGACGUGGAUUUAGGUUAGGUUAUGCACAACGUUACAAUUGUUACCUGAAUCUUAUGAAAAUAUUAUCACAAAAAUAAUUUAAGACUUCAUUGUAAAACAACAAGUCACAAAUAAUGUUCGAAGUUUCAGAUACGCAAAAAAUCGGAGUCGGACUUGUGGGAUUUGGUAUAUCAUUUCUUUUCCUUGGAGUCUUGUUACUCUUUGAUAAAGGUCUUCUUGCUAUUGGAAACAUUUUAUUUAUAUCUGGAUUAGCAUGUGUUAUUGGACCAAAGAGAACUCUCAGCUUUUUUUUUCAAAGACACAAGAUAAAAGCUAGUGCUUCAUUUUUAGGAGGCAUUAUUGUAGUUCUUAUGGGUUGGCCUAUUGUAGGCAUGAUCAUAGAAACCUAUGGUUUUAUAUUAUUAUUCAGUGGUUUCCUCCCAGUUGCAAUAAAUGUUUUACGGAAGGUACCUGGUUUAAAAAUCAUUUUAAAUUUACCAGGUAUAUCUCGAAUAUUAGAUUCGAUUGCAGGAGAUCCAAAUAGAACAACUGUAUGAUAUGUUUCUCGAUAUGAUCACACAAAUCAUUGUAUAUAAGAUCCACUAUUUUAUAUUGAGCCAAAUUUUCCUUCUGAAAUUUUUCAGAUCUCUUUUUGUAUUGUAUAAAUGUCAUAUGUAAACAAAGUUCAAGUUUUAUCUUCUAUAUGUUCAAUUUAGAAAUACCGUAUAGAAAUAAUAUAUAGAUUUCUCAUUUUCAUAUAAACUACUGUAUUGCUGCAGGGAUUAUAUGUGUUUUAACAUUCCAAAAUAUUACAACCUUUUAAGCAAGUUGGAAAUCAAAAUUAAAGAAAUAUUUUUGUUUAAAAUUAUCAUUAAAAUUAAUUAUAAAUUAAUUUGUAUCAGUAUAUUAAUGAAAGUAAAAGUAAGACUUUUACUUUGUAUUUGGAGUGUUUGUAAUAAUGAUAUAUUGUAUGAAAAAUGAAAUAUAACACGUGCAUGUCACUAUUCCUUCAUGAAAAUAUAAUUUUACUAUAUAAAAGCAUAUGUACAUUUAUUUCUAGUACAUCAAUUUAAUAAAUAACAAUUCAAAAUUUAUUACAAUUAUUUUGUAAAUUAUGAAACUAAAACAUUAUCAAAAUAAAAUUAAAAUGAUAAAUUUAUGGUACGUGGAAAAAAUUUCAAAACAAAUUUUAUUAUUACUUUUAUUGAUUUUGUUUUUUUCUUUGCACGCAUCCUAACAUGAACACAUUGGAUGCAUACACUUACAAGUAACGCUUCUCAUUAUCUUACACGUAGUUGUCUGGAGUGCGAAAUUAAAUUAGUGUUCAUUGAAACUCGAUGAACUUCACUGAUAUCGUUAAUAUGAUCAUUUAUUAUCUACAACGGGCCGAGAAUAAGUGCGGGGGGCGGCCCAAGUCUACGCGCCCCGCCAUCGCCGUAAUGGUAUUUCGUCGCGCGUCCUUCUCUUGCUCAAUUGUAUACGCUUAUUUUUGUUCUUCUCUUUUUUUUUUUUUUAGAUAAUUAUUUUUACUACUUUAUAUCCCGACCAUCGCCUACAUAGUCACAUGUAUCAAACAUUUCAUAUAUCCAUUACGUUGAUAAG